AUGACUUUCAAGAAGGAGCCGGCGGCGUCGGCGGCCUUCCCGGCGCAGAGGACCUCCUGGGGCUUCCUGCAGUCCCUGGUGAGCAUCAAGCAGGAGAAGCCCGCCGAACCCGACGAGCCGCAGCCCCACCACCACCACUACGGGGGCCUCUUCGCCGGGGCCGAGGAGCGACCCCCGGGCCUGGGCGGCGGCGAGGGGGGCGGCCACGGCGUCAUCCAGGACCUCAGUAUUCUCCAUCAGCACGCCCAGCAGCAGCAGCCUGCCCAGCACCCCCGCGACGUGCUGCUCGGCGGCGGCAGCAGGACUGAUGACCACCCCGGCACCGAGGAGCCAAAGCAGGACACUCACGUCAAGAAGGCGAAGAGGCCAAAGCCGGAAUCUCAGGGAAUCAAAGCCAAGAGGAAGCCCAGCGCAUCUUCCAGACCUUCUCUGGUCGGAGACGGAGAAGGCGCCAUCCUCUCCCCGAGUCAGAAACCUCAUAUCUGCGAUCACUGUAGCGCUGCUUUCAGAAGCUCCUAUCACCUGCGGAGGCACGUCCUCAUCCACACGGGAGAGAGGCCCUUCCAGUGCAGCCAGUGCAGCAUGGGCUUCAUUCAGAAAUACCUGCUGCAGAGACACGAGAAGAUCCACAGUCGGGAGAAGCCAUUCGGAUGCGAUCAGUGCAGCAUGAAAUUCAUCCAGAAGUACCACAUGGAGAGACACAAGAGGACGCACAGUGGAGAAAAGCCAUACAAGUGUGACACUUGCCAGCAGUAUUUCUCAAGGACGGAUAGGCUGUUGAAGCACAGGCGCACGUGUGGUGAAGCCAUAGCGAAAGGAGCCGCCAGUGCAGAACCUGGGUCAUCAAACCAUAACAACAUGGGUAAUCUGGCUGUGUUGUCUCAGGGAAAUACAAGUUCUUCAAGGAGGAAAACGAAGUCAAAAAGCAUAGCUGUUGAAAAUAAGGAACACAAGACUGGUAAAACAAAUGAAUCACCAAUUUCCAAUAAUAUCAACAUGCAGAGCUACUCCGUAGAAAUGCCUACUGCGUCUUCCAGCGGAGGCAUAAUUGGCACUGGGAUAGAUGAAUUGCAGAAAAGGGUGCCAAAACUGAUCUUUAAGAAAGGAAGCAGAAAGAGUACAGAUAAAAGCUACCUUAAUUUUGUGUCACCAUUGCCAGACAUAGUUGGACAGAAGUCCUUGUCUGGGAAACCAAGUGGCUCACUUGGCAUAGUAUCGAAUAAUAGUGUGGAGACCAUUAGUCUUCUCCAAAGUACAAGUGGAAAACAAGGUCAAAUAAGUAGUAAUUAUGAUGACGCCAUGCAGUUUUCAAAGAAAAGAAGAUAUUUACCAACUGCCAGCAGCAACAGUGCCUUUUCCAUAAAUGUGGGACACAUGGUCUCCCAGCAGUCCGUCAUUCAGUCUGCAGGUGUCAGUGUUUUGGACAAUGAGGCCCCAUUGUCACUUAUUGACUCCUCAGCUCUAAAUGCUGAAAUUAAGUCUUGUCAUGACAAGUCUGGAAUUCCUGAUGAGGUUUUACAAAGUAUUUUGGAUCAAUACUCCAACAAAUCAGAAAGCCAGAAAGAAGAUCCUUUCAACAUAACGGAACCACGAGUGGAUUUACACACCUCAGGAGAACACUCAGAACUGGUUCAAGAGGAAAAUUUGAGCCCGGGCACCCAAACGCCUUCAAAUGAUAAGGCGACCAUGUUGCAAGAAUACUCCAAAUACCUCCAACAGGCUUUUGAAAAAUCCACUAAUGCAGGUUUUACUCUUGGACACGGUUUCCAGUUUGUCAGUUUGUCCUCACCUCUCCACAACCACACUUUAUUUCCAGAAAAACAGAUAUACACUACAUCUCCUUUGGAGUGUGGUUUCGGCCAAUCUGUUACCUCAGUGUUGCCAUCUUCAUUGCCAAAGCCUCCUUUUGGGAUGUUGUUUGGAUCUCAGCCAGGUCUUUAUUUAUCUGCUUUGGAUGCUACACAUCAGCAGUUGACACCUUCCCAGGAGCUGGAUGAUCUGAUAGAGUCUCAGAAGAAUUUAGAGACUUCGUCAGCCUUCCAGUCCUCAUCUCAGAAAUUGACUAGCCAGAAGGAACAACAGAAAAACUUAGAGUCCUCAACAAGCUUUCAGAUUCCAUCUCAGGAGUUAGCUAGCCAGAUAGAUCCUCAGAAAGACAUAGAGCCUAGAACAACAUACCAGAUUGAGAACUUUGCACAGGCAUUUGGUUCUCAGUUUAAGUCGGGCAGCAGGGUGCCAAUGACCUUUAUCACUAACUCUAAUGGAGAAGUGGACCAUAGAGUAAGGACUUCAGUGUCAGAUUUCUCAGGGUAUACAAAUAUGAUGUCUGAUGUAAGUGAGCCAUGUAGUACAAGAGUAAAGACACCCACCAGCCAGAGUUACAGGUAAGGUCCCAAAAGUGAUCAGGCUGGAGGUCUUCUAAUGUAAUUUUGUUUUAUUUUGAGAACACUGCCAUUGGAAUGUUUCUACACGAUCCUAUUAAGAAUAAUGUAAUGCCCUUUCAAUGCAACUUUUCAUAUUUAGUUUAUUUUGUUAGCGUGAUUUUAGCUCUGUUUGUAUUAUGAUUUUUAAUCAAAAUCAAUAGAUUAAAAAUAGUUUGACAUUCAAAGUGACAACGUUUAGCAAUCAAAUUUACGUGUAUAGAUCGUCAGGGAAUAGCCCAAAAGUUAAAUGCAAAAAAAAAAACAAAACAAAAAAACCCUACAAAAAAACAAAACAAA